UUCGACAAAAACAAGCAAUUGAACUUCUUCCGGUCAUUACAUUUACAGAGAAAGGAAACAGAGAAAAGCAGCAUCAAGAUAACGAAAGAAAGAGGAGAUGUUGAGGCUAAAUCGAUUGAUAAAGCAUACAAAUAAGUGGACUAGAACUUCAACUUUUCUAUCAUCUCAACAACAAACACAAGCCGUAUUUGAUUCUUCAGUUUCUUGUCAACAUUUUUUUCGAACGCAAAUUCGAUUUCUUGACAUUUACAAGAUUGGAAACAAAGCAGCUAUUGAAAAAGAGCGUGCCAGACUUGCAGAUGAAUUGAAUAGAGGGUAUUUCGCUGACAUUUCUGAGUUUAAGAAGCAUGGUGGUAAGAUUGCAGUGGCAAAUAAAAUUAUAAUCCCUGCAGUAGCGGCUGUGAAAUUUCCUGAUGUCAAAGUGAAUUAUUCUAAUGGUACUUCCUUAAAGCUGCCCAUCAGGUCCGAUGGAAAUGUGGUCGGUGCAGAUGCAACUUUAAUGUGUCUUUCAUUUCGAGCUAGCUCUCAGGAAAUGAUUAAUUCUUGGAGCAUGCCUUUCCUCGAAGCAUUUCGUGAUGCAAAAAAUGUUCACCUAUAUGAGGUGUCAUUUAUAGACUCGUGGUUCUUAUGUUUGAAUCCAAUCAAGAAAAUGCUACUUCGGAUGAUGAGGAAAUCGGAUACUGAUGGAAAUGAUGCACUUCAGAAGCAAAUUGUUUAUUCAUUUGGUGACCAUUAUUACAUGAGAAAGGAUCUCAGAAUAUUGAACCUUCUCACUGGAUAUAUUUUUCUACUCGACAAAUUUGGAAGAAUAAGAUGGGGAGGCUUUGGAUUGGCCACGGAAGAGGAAUUGUCCUCCCUCGUUUCUUGCACGUCAUUACUUUUAGAAGAGAAAUGAGGCAGUUGAUGCACCGUGUUUUGUAUCGAUUUUUUUAAGGAUUCGUGCAUCCAGAAAGUUCGAAUCCUUCUUUUCUUGAUAACUUAGAGUUAUCCUUUAAUUCCAUUGUCAAUGGUCCUAUUUGAGAGGCAGAAAGAGCGCAUAUCCCAGUUUGGCUUUACAUGACAGCAAAUAUUGAUUUCCUUACAAUUGCUGCAGUAUCAUUGGCCUGUGAAACCUUUUGAAACUGCAUGUAUUGUGGGAGAUUUUGUUUUUGGCUAUUAUCCCCAGACCUUUUGAAACUGCAUGUAGGGAUUUGAGGCCCCCUGGAGCAUCUGUUUUGUUUCAGAGAAGUAGUUUUGAAAAGCCUGCAAUGUUGAAUGGCCUUUAUAUUUACAAAACCCGAGGACGUGAAGAGUUGAAUAAACCGUAUUUGUGUUCAA